CUCUAACGAGGAUACUCGAACAUAAACGAUACUCCAACCCCAGUAAUAACAUAAGGGAUGGAGUUUGGAAUUUCAUUAAAACGUAUCACUCAGUGAGACAUUUGUAAAAUAGUGAGGGUUACCAUAGAGGUAGCCUAACUCUUUUAUGCUGCUUUAACUCUGAAAGUUUUCGUUUGGGUGAUUUCGACUCCGAGACGGUUGGCGGGACAUAGAGAGCGACUGGGAGGAUAAGGACCCAGCUGUAAUUAAAUCUCACUUUUCAAACAACUGGAGGAACUGUGACCAGGACACUAACAAAAGCACAUUUUGGGUUAAAAAAAACAAGUGCAGGGACAUUUGCAGUACCAGGACCUCUGCUUACAAAGGUAGUAGCGCUGCAGUUAUGGAAGAAUCCUCGGAAGACUAUGACAAUUACACCUAUGAUUAUCUGGAGUAUGGAGACUUGGAAAAAGACAAAGGUGGAUACUCUCAGAAGGAGGCUAUGCACAUCCUAUCAGUUAUCAUAUAUAGUAUUUCCUUUGUGCUCGGUGUCACUGGAAAUGGAAUAGUCAUAUGGGUCACGGCAUUUAAAAGCAAACGGACAGUGAACAGUAUAUGGUUGCUGAACAUGGCUAUCGCAGAUUUUGUCUUUGUGCUCUUUUUGCCCUUCUCCAUCGACUACGUUCUUCGAGACUUCCACUGGUCCUUUGGGCUGGUCAUGUGUAAACUCAACUCGUUUGUGUCUGUGAUGAACAUGUACGCCAGUGUGCUCUUCCUCAUGAUUCUCAGUCUAGACAGGUAUGUCUCAUUGGUCCACCUUAGCUGGUCUCAGAGGUGUCGCACUAUACGGCGAGCCUGGAUCGUGUGUGGCUGUGUGUGGGGGGUGUCUGCUCUACUGAGCCACCCUACUCUGAUAUUCCGUGACACUAUGCGCAUAUAUGGCAGGGUGGUGUGCUUCAACAACUUCAAUGUCCAGGAUGGACAUACAGCUGCUGUGAGACAUAUCACGCUGGUGGCAGUUCGUACAGCAGUGGGCUUCUUACUGCCCUUCAGUGCCAUCUGCGUGACUGGAAUUCUCCUGGCAAUCAAAGUCCACCAGUCUGAAGAUUCUGUGCGCCUAUCCAGCUUCUCUAAAACAGUUUCCGCUGUCAUUCUGGCCUUCUUUUUUUGCUGGGCACCGUUCCAUACUUUUAGUUUAAUGGAGCUUUCCAUGCACUCUUCAAUGUUUCUACAUACUGUUCUGAAGACAGGUUUUCCUCUUGCUACUAGCUUAGCCUUUUUCAACAGCUGUGUCAACCCUCUCCUCUACAUGUUGGUGGGCAAGAAGGUUCGCCAGCUCCUGAAGCGCUCGUGUCUGGACAUCACAAAGAGUUAUCUGCGGGAGCUCAGCCAGUCCAUCUCUGCAACUGAGUCGGUGACUGUGGCAGACGUCGGUCCUUCAGACAUCCCUCCACCAGAGGAGCCCACAGAAUCAUCAACUGUAUGAUUAUAAUGCAGUACAUCCUAAACUCACAGUUACCUGUAAACAGAAAUCAACAAGAGCUGCUAUUUUUACCUUUGAGAGCCAGCCUGACCAUUAUUUUACCAGAUGUGACUUAUUUUAUAUUCUACUUCAGUGUAACAUUUCUGCUUGUUGUUUCAGUUGGCUAUUUCCAAGCAGCAAUUACUCAAAGUGCCAACUUCUGUUGACUGUAAAUUGCCCUCAGUGGAAAACCUGAGUAAAGUCUUGCACUAAAAGUAUAACUUGCACAGGAAAAAAGAGGUAACUUUAAUGAUUUGAAAAAAUAAUCUGAUCCUAAUUACCCCAAAAACAAACAGGAAAGGGGGCCAACCAUCCCCACAGCCUCUGGAACAGGAAUUAUUAGAAGCAGAUCUACCAUUUUCAUAAACACUUUGUAUUUAGAUUUCGAUCUUUAAACAAAUCCAAGUUGGGAAUUUGCAAAUCUCCGUAGGCCUUUUCUUUCCCUUAGGAAUAUAUUACAUUGAAAAGGUAUGUUUUCCUUUCUAAGCUAAUUUCCUGUUACAGUGUUCUCUGUUAUUAUACACUAUAAAAAAUGCUGGGUUAAAAACAUCCCAAUGUGGGUAAAUAUUGGACAGAACACAUGUUGGGUUAUUUUGACCCAGCCAGUUGGGUAACAAACAACCCAUUGUUUUCUUUAAAAGAGAAAGGGUUGUUGAUGCUAUGAUCCACUGGGUCAGACCAGAAGACUGGAGGUGUGACUUAGUAGGGGUGUGGUUUUUAGAUAGUUAUUUUUGGCCACCUGUGAGGGCAAAUGUCAUUCCGAUUAAUCUGUUCUGUUUUCUUGUCAUCACCUGUUAAGGUUGAGCACUGACACUUUUCAAAUCAAAUCCAAUUUUACGAGUCACAUGCACAGAAUACAACAGUUGUAGACCUUACUGUCAAAGGCUUACUUACAAGCCCUUAACUGACAGUGCAGUUCAAGAAAUAGAGUUGAGAA